GGUUGUCAGUCGCGCGGGCGGUUGUCGGUUGGUCGGUCGGUCGCUCGGUCGCCGCCAUGAAUCCGGACCUGAGGCGGGAGCGGGAGAGCGCGAGCUUCGUGACCGAGGCCCUCACACAGAUCCUGGACGGAGGCGCCGAGAAGACGCGGCGCCGGAGAGAGAUCGAAGCCCUGGUGCUGAAUGACCCUGAGCUCCAGCACGAGGACCUGAACUUCUUGUCACGUAGCGAGCGCUAUGACACAGCUGUCAGGAAGAGUGCGCUGAUGGUGAAGAAGAUCCGGGAGCAUGCCAUCUCUAAUCCAGAGGAGAUCAUAUGGUUCAAGAGCUAUGUGCACCGUGGACGCCCUGAGCCCCUGGAUCUCCACCUGGGCAUGUUCCUACCCACCAUCCUGAACCAGGCUACUCCUGAGCAGCAAGAUCGCUUCUUCAUGCCAGCUUGGAACCUGCAGAUCAUUGGCACUUAUGCCCAGACGGAGAUGGGCCAUGGCACAUUCCUGCGUGGAUUGGAGACAACUGCGACGUAUGACCCUUCAACUCAAGAGUUUGUUCUCAACAGUCCGACUGUGACCUCCAUCAAGUGGUGGCCUGGAGGAUUGGGGAAGACUUCAAACCACGCUAUUGUGUUGGCUCAACUGUACACGCAGGGCCAAUGCAGGGGGCUUCACGCCUUCAUCGUCCCAAUCCGAAAAAUGGGGACCCACGAGCCUCUGCCUGGUGUUGUGGUGGGUGACAUUGGGCCCAAGUUCGGUUAUGAUGAGGUGGACAACGGUUACCUGAAGCUGGAGAAUGUCCGUGUUCCGCGGGAGAAUAUGCUGAUGAGAUACGCAAAGGUGAUGCCCGACGGCAUGUACGUGAAGCCCCCGAGUGACAAGCUGACCUACGGCACCAUGGUUUUCAUCCGUUCCAUGAUUGUCAGUGACUCUGCCCGCGCCUUGUCUCAAGCGUGCACCAUCGCCAUCCGCUACAGCGCGGUCCGACACCAGUCAGAGCUCAAACCUGGGGCUCCGGAGCCCCAAAUUAUUGAUUACCAGACCCAGCAGUACAAGCUCUUCCCGUUCCUGGCCACGGCCUAUGCCUUCCGCUUCGUUGGCAACUUCAUGGCGGACAUGUACCAUCGUAUCACUGGAGACAUCAACGAGGGGGACUACAGCGAGUUACCUGAGCUGCACUCGCUGUCUGCUGGCCUGAAAGCCUUCACCUCCUGGGUGGCCAGUGCCGGGAUCGAGGAGUGUCGCAUGGCUUGUGGCGGGCAUGGAUACUCGCGCUCCAGCGGCCUCCCAGACAUCUAUGUCACAUUUACACCCAGCUGCACGUACGAGGGAGAGAACACGGUGAUGAUGCUGCAGACGGCAAGAUACCUGUUCAAGAGUUACACUCAAGCCAAGGCUGGGCAGAAGCUGUCUGGCACCGUCUCGUACCUCAAUGAGCUGUUGCACGACCACAUCCAGCUGCAGCAGGUGGCUGGCCGGCCUGCGGUGGUGGACAUCAGUGACCUCGGCAGCCUGGUGGAGGCCUACAAGAUGCGAGCAGCCACACUAGUGGAUGGAGCCGCGCAGAAUUACCAAUCAGAGCUGGCACGCCGCAAGAGCAAGGAUGAGGCCUGGAACAAUACCUCAAUUGACCUGGUCAGAGCAUCACAGGCACAUUGCCACUAUGUGGUGGUGAAGCUGUUCACAGCAAAGCUGUCGGAGAUCAGCGACACUGCCAUCCACGAGGCUCUCAGCAGUCUGUGUCUGAUGUACGCUCUCCAUGGGAUCAGCAAGAACUCCGGGGACUUCCUGCAGGCCGGGAUCCUGAAUGAUCCGCAGAUUUCCCAGGUUCACCAGCGUGUGAAGGAGUUGCUGGCAGUGAUCCGCCGGAACGCCGUGGCUCUGGUGGAUGCCUUUGAUUACCCAGACGCCGUCCUAGCUUCGGUGCUGGGACGCUACGAUGGGAACGUCUAUGAGAACAUGUUCGAAUGGGCGAAGAAAUCCCCUUUAAAUAAAACUGAGGUUCAUGAGUCGUUCCACAAAUACCUGAAGCCACUGCAGUCCAAGCUGUGAGGCAGCACUGAGUGCUUUUGUUUCAGGAGACUCGCCCAAGCCUCUAAAUACAACACUGCACCUUAAUCCCAGCCCUUGCUUCCUUUGGUCUUGUAGAAUCAUGAUUUCCCUCUUCUCUCCAUGCCCUCCAUUCCCAAUGGAAGUCUAACCCUCUCUUAGAUAUUCUUUAGACAGGAAACAAAUGGAGUGGUUUGAAAGGUAUAUCUUUUAGCAAGUAAUUGUGAAUUAGCAGUUGACUGAGUGCAGCACCACCCUCUGCUAUGAGAGGUUUAAACUGCAUCUGAAGCCAGUAUCAUUGUGUAGCACUGAAGGACUUUAUUUUCUUGGCUCAGUGCAUAACUGGGUAAAAGUUAUAAUAAUAAUAAUAAUCCUGGCAUUCAUAUAGCGCUUUUC